AUGUGGCUUCUGCAGCUUGCGGCCUACACAGGUUUGCCGCUGCUUGGGCGCAGCUGGCGCGAUGAAAGCCGGUCCACCAGAGGUUUGGGUUGCUUGUGGAGGUGGAGCCCUUCUCCACAGCCAGUUGCAGCGCUUGGAAUUCUUCCUACCUGCCUGAGGCGCCAUGGUGGUGGGGUUGGAGAUGUUCGGACUCCUUGGCCCAAGGCCCUUGGUCGCCUCGGGCCCUGGCCCGGGCGCUACGAGGGCAUGGUGCUCGAAUCUGCUUGGGGCGGACCUUAG